AUGAAGGCCGCCUCUUGCCCGCCCGCAGCGGCGCGCCUCUACCGCGUCUAUGGUCCAGUGCACCUGCUGCCGCGCACUACGGCUAUGCGGCGCCUGGCGGCGGCGUCUGCAAUGGCGGUAACCGCUGGCUCGCUUGGCGAGACGCUCCUGUCGUCUGCCGCCGUUUCGGCCGGCGGCGCCGCGCACUCGGCGAUGGGCGGCUCGACGGCGCUGCUGCAGCACCGUCGCUGGCAGUCCGGCGGAGGCUCGAAGAAGGACCUAUACUCGGUGUUAGGCGUGGCACGAAACUCGACACCGGAGCAGAUCAAGUCCGCCUAUAAGAAGCGCGCCAAGGCGCUGCACCCCGACGUGAACCCAAGCCCCACCGCCGCUGAGGACUUUGCGGAGGCGAAGCAGGCCUACGAGACCCUCUCCGAUCCGCAGAAACGCAGCAUGUACGACAUGACUGGCAACGCCAGCGCCGCCGGCGGCUUCGGUGGGCCCGGUGGGACGGGCGGCGGCUUUAAUCCCUUCGGCGCCGGCGGCAAUCCGUUCGCGGCGGGCGGUAACCCGUUCGCGAACAUGGGCGGUGCUAACCAGCCCGGCGGCGGCCAGGGCGGCUUCUCCUUCAACGAUUUCGAGGAGAUCUUCCAGAAAAUGAGCAACAGCGGCAAGGACAAGACCCGCAAGCCGCAAGGACCGGAGCCUGGCGCGGACAUCCACUACAAGCUCGUGCUCAGCUUCCUCGAAGCCGUCAAAGGAUGCCAGAAGGAGAUCAGCUACAACACGAUGCGCCGGUGCGGGGCGUGCACUGGCAGCGGCUGCCAGGACACCGGGUCGCGCACGAAAUGCCCGCACUGCGGCGGUCGCGGCAAGAAGGUGAUGUCCACCGGCUUCUUCCACAUGCAGCAGGACUGCACCCACUGCGGUGGCACAGGCGAGCUUGGUCGAACGACGUGCACGCAGUGUAGCGGCAAGGGCAUCGUAAAGGACCGCAGCGUGCAGACGCUACCGGUACCGAAAGGUGUGGACAACAAGGAGCGGCUGAAGGUGACGGGCAAGGGCGAGGCCGGUGUGCGCAACGGCCCGCCUGGCAACCUCUACAUCGAAAUCUCCGUCGAGGACGACCCUGUCUUCCACCGCGAGGGCAGCGACAUCCACGUCAUCACCCCCAUCACGCUCUCCUGCGCGGUGCUCGGCGGCACGGUGCGGGUGCCGACCCUCACAGGCGAGGUCGAGACUCGGGUUCCUGUCGGCACGCAGCAGGGCGACAAGCUCGUGCUGCGCGGCCGCGGUGUGCACCGGCCGAAUCACAACAAGACGGGCGACUUCUACAUCCACUUUGCCGUCAUGCUGCCGAAGGAGCUCACGGAGGAGCAGAAGAAGGCCAUCGCCGACUUUGCCAAGGAUGAAAGGCCGCUCCACCUCAACGAUGCCCAACUGCAGGAGCUCAAGGGGCGCUACCGCUCUUGGUUCGCAACGUAG